AUGACAAAAAUUGAAACACUUACUGGUAGCAACAUUAAGAAGUGGAAAGAAGAUGUAGAAAUAGCUCUAGGACUUAUGGACAUUGACUUGCCACUCAGAGUUCCUGAAGCACCAAAAAUUACUGCUACUAGCACAAGACUUGAAAAGGAUAAAGCUGAAAAAUGGGAGAGCAACAAUAAGAUGUGCAUAAAGAUUAUGCAGAGGGCAAUGACUGAUACAGUAAGAGGAGGGAUUCCUGUUUGUGAGAGAGCCGCAGAUUUUUUAGCAGCCAUAGAAGAAAAAUUUAAGGAAAGUGAUAAAGCUGAAAUAACAAAUCUCAUGAAUACCCUUUCGACUAUGAAGUAUGAUGGUAAUGGAAGUGUUAGGGAGCAUUGUUUGAAGAUGAUUGAUAUUGCAAGUAAGCUAAAAACUCUAGAAGUUCCUGUAGCAUAUCCAUGGCUAGUUUAUUUAGCUCUUUCUUCUCUGCCUCCUCAGUUUAGUCAACUAGUCACAACCUACAACACUCAGAGAGAUAAGUGGAUGAUUAAUGAACUCAUAUCCAUUUGUGUGCAAGAAGAGGACAUGAUUAAGAAGGAGAAAGGCAAAGUUGUUACCACAGUGAACUUGGUGACAAAAGGGCAGUCAAAGAACUAUGGGGUUAAGAAGCCUACAUUCAAAAAUUUCUCUAAGGGUUCAUCUUCUGCUGGAGGAUCUCACUUUUCUAAAGAUAGCAAAGCUUCCAACUCAAAUGUUUUCAAAUGCUUUUUCUGUGACAAAGUCGGGCAUCUAAAGAGGAACUGUCACAAAUAGAGAAAUUGGUUGACAAAAAAGGGGAUUCAUAAAAAAGAGAACACCAAAUAAAGAAGAACAAAACUUGUUCGUAGGGAAUGGAAUGAAGGUUGCAGUAGAGGCCAUAGGAGUUGUUUGGCUUUUGUUAGGAUCUGGUUUUUUGUUAGAAUUGGAUAAUGUUUUCUAUGUACCUUCUAUGAGAAGGAAUUUAAUUUCUUGUUCUCAACUUGUUGACAAUGAUUUCAGUUUUUUCGUUAAUAAAAUU